GGCAAGUGCGCGCACGACGCGAAAUGUUUUCGAAGAGCAGUACCCUAGUAUGUAGAAUUCAAUAGGUAUAGGUUCUAUUGUACUUGGUAGUCUGUUUCGGUACUGCGCAGAAUUAGGACUGGUGAAAUAUUAGAGGCGUCCGCCUUGCCAGUUCUUCUUCAUCUGCAAGUAAGUCGUGCGGAUGCAACAUUAAUGAAUGUUCACGUUCUUGGAGGUGGACGCUACAAGUACAUGACCACUAUAAUCUGUUUGCGACCAGGACGAAACGCCUGAAAUGAAUUUUCACAGAGCUGAGUUCUUGGGCGAUGCAAGGCUCCGGCCAGUGGAUGCGAGCGAGGGCUCUUUCACCUGGUGAUAGUCCACGAAACUCGACUAGCGAAUCGUUUGGUCCACAAGGUGGAAAGUCUUUCAACUUGCUUCAGCAGCUACGAGAGAACAAAAGACAGUACAGUAUUAACUACGGGACGAGUACAACUGGCGCUUCCACCUCUACUGCAGGUCGACUUUUAGUAGACCCAUCCUCGUGGAUACAGCAACGAGGAGGACCGCAAGCGCCGGGUACUUCUCCGGCAACAACUACUGUCGUAACCCAGCAACGAGGAGGACCGCAAGCGCCGGGUACUUUAUCUCCGGCAACAACUACUGUCAUAACCCCUGGGAGAAGCGGUAGAACACUACAACAAAUUACAACGCCUCUACUGUCAGCUCCUCCUGGUCCUGAUCAGUUCCGCAGUUUGAGGUUAGGAAAAUUAACGCCGAAUUCACGAACCGGAACAAAGAUGCCACAAGGUGCGACUCUGCUAUCCUCGUCCUCAGUCGGCGGACUCCAGACGCCAUUGCUGAAGGGCGGUUCGGCUGCGAAUGAAGGAGUCCAGAAAACGGACACUCCUUCGAUUUCAGUCGACCACAUUGCUGAUCAACACACAUCGGCACAGGACGCAGCGAGGCGGAUAAUCGAAAGUGCUGGAGGCUUCCACAAUCUCAAAUCUUCAACUGGGAAGAAGUCUAGUUCUAGUAGUCUCGAAAAAGUUAGUCUAAAGGAGGUAGUGGUGGUUUCUUCUCCUAAGGCCAGUGAAGACGAGACCAACGAUGGUAGCACUGCAACUUGUUCGACAUCUGGAGGACAAAGUGCGUUCGUUGAAGAAAAGACAGCAGAUGGUGGCAUAACACUAACGUGGACACGAGGCGGUGGUGGUGGCUCGUCCUCAAGCAACAGCACAACAGCUGAUACUAGGACUAAAGGCUACAUACAAUCUGUAGGCGCGAAAGAUGCUGGAGGACUUGUUGUAGAACCGCCGAGCAAGAAGACGAGUUCGAGCACCUCUAGUAGUAGUGGCACAGCGAGGUCUCAUGGUAAAAAGAAGGAACUCGAAGUACAACGAGAAGCGCAUCGAGAAAUAGAACUCGCGAGCCGCGGUAAUUCUACUGCCUUGGGGUCAGGGUUAGGGUCCUCCAGUAGCUGUUCGUCGCGAUCAAAGCCGUGUUGUGCUGAAAAGAGCAGUACUCUUAGCGCACCUCUUCUUGACAAGGACAACACCCCCUAUCGGGAACCAGAUUGCAUGGGCACAAGCAGUUCUAGCACGACCUCCAGAAGCAACCCAGAUACAACUCAGGAGGGGGUGGCUGACCAGGAGAGCAUGGAAACAAGGAAGAGUUCUUCUUUUUCAACGGAAAACAUGUUGACGGUAGGUCAAGGCGAUGGAGGCAAAGGUGGAGGUAGAAGCGGCAGUGGGCCAUCAUUAUGACGAGGUUUUGAAAAAUGUCCUGCGUGAUGUUGAUUCGACUUCACUGUGACUGUCUGUAGGUACUAAAUUGAUGACCUAGUAAGUAGGUAAAAAAUUGACGGUAGGUAAUAUGAGCUUGAAGGUUCCGAGUUCCCACAAAGGAUGUUUAAAAUAGAGCUCCUCUAAAAAAAGGCAGACACCACACCAUUUGUUGUUGGAAUGUGCCAUGGAAGCCUUUUAGGGAGUACUUGACGAGCUCUAGCGAAUAUGGUGGUUGGUCACGGAUUUGCUGUGCCGGGUCGUGCGUGACAGGACCGAGCAAGAUUGCGUUUAUACUUAAGGCAUAUAGUAAUUCAUGUUAAGAAGCAUCUUUGGAAACGAGAGCAAGGAGAACACACGUCAAAGAUGCGCUUGAAGAUGAAUUACGGUUAGGUCUAAUAUGCGGACGUUUAGUUUGUCCGUUUUGCCCUUGCUGUUCCAUUUGAGGUUUGUGCUGCCCUGUUACAUGGGUGGCUUCGGGGACUACGGAGUUGGAUCAUUGUCACCUUGUGAAACUUUCUUUGGUAUCGACCCGCAACUUUACUACGACAGCAGCGCGAUGCCGGCAACGGCAAGUGCGCCUGAUACUUCUCCAGGUACUGAAAAUGGAGCCAGCAUGUUAUCGAGUACCCUCAGCCUUCUUGUAUCGAGGAUACCACUAGCUCAACAAGGUUCGCCCGAGAUAAGUUCUACCACAGUGGCUGCUACUUCUGCGUUAUCAACAGCGGCAGAGGGAGAUAGAGCGAAUCAUGUUGCAGUAGAUUCCUUCGCCUCUUCUAGUUCCUCAAACCCUGCCACACUUCUUAGUACUCCUACAGAACAAGGUGACAUCAUGGCAAGGAUGAUGUCCUUUCUAGCAUCCCUAGAUGUCGAAGGAUAUGAAGAGGACUACACGAAGAAAUUUUUCUGGAGGUUUACGGCUGUUCUUGGAGUCAUCGUGCUGGUGUUCGAGAUUCUCACUGCCUUCAGCAAUCCCGGAAUAGUGCCCAGAGCGUACUUUUGUUGCUUUUAAUAUUUGUACAGGAUCAAUAUAGUUGAAUGAGUGUCUUUAUCUUCCGUCGUUUGAGUGUGUCUAUGCGAAAUAUUGAGUUGCUAGUAGCUCAAGUAGGUGCAUUGGCUCCACUACCAAACACGUUUUACACGCAGACCAUUCUCGCUUCUCUUCUACAACGACAGUCCAGCGUCGCAGCGAACCGGCCGAGUCUUGCCCCCACGAUUAAUGAUGAUACGGACAUGCGUAAUCAAGCAGAAGUGGUGCCCUACAUGUGAAAUAUGGCGGCCGCCACGGUCAAAGCACUGCGCCUAUUGCGACAACUGCGUUCUGCGUUUCGAUCAUCAUUGUAUUUACCUUUGCUUAAUAGAACAGUGCUAGGUAUAUCAUCAUCAGUUUUUUGCCGAGGAUGAACUACUCGAUCACGGUAAAGCUAAAGACUACUCACAUACACAAACUGAUUUUCCAUUUCUUUGAACAAGAACAAAAACCUACUCAACCCCAUUUUCCUCAACUAGCACUAAAAAUGUCUCAUCGACGCUCUAGGUACGUGGCUUGGCAAUUGCAUCGGCCUAUUCAAUUACCGGCUUUACCUAAUAUGCAUUUACUCCACGUCUUUGCUGCUCUCCACUGUGCUCGUAACGAGUUUUCAUGUCAUGAAAACGACCAGCGAGGAAAAGGAUUUCCUGAUGUGCCUGACGAACCUUGACAGUCUCUUUCUCUACAUGCUGUAUCUCUUCUACCUCAUCGCGUGGUGCGGCGUGGUCCUGCUUGCGAUAUACCACACAGGGAUCUGCAUCUACAAUCUGACGACCUCAGAACACGUGAAGAACGUUGACAAAGUGAACCCGUUUGAUCUUGGUACAACUUAUUGAGAUUCUUCUAUGUUUGAAACUCCUUUUCACUGUCGUGAGGAAGCAGUUACUUUUUCCAUAAAAAGAUGACAACCAUAUAAUAAUCUUCAACUGCUGCAGCUGCAUUUCUGUUUCUCGACCUCUCACUACGUACUCUACCUUGGUGUAAACUACUUGCAUCUAUUACAGGUUGGGAGUACAAUCUGCGUCAUGUGUGGUGUACGCCAGAGCGACUACUGCCAGAAAGCGAGCAGGCUGAGCUUUGUUACGAGGGGAUCGGCGAUGAACAGCAUGAGACGGUGAGUCUCGACUAGUCCACCUUUUCUGGAACACGAACAUCAGUUAGAAGUUGCGUUUGCGGGUGCUGGUGGAUGUUGUUUCGAUCUUUUUCCCUGUAAACCUCCCAUAAGCGCUGGUGAAGGGAUCUAACAACUACUCCGGUUGUUGGGUCUCCGAUUUUUUUUUAUUUUGAUGAUACUUCACUCCCGUUUCCUGUUCUUCUUUCC